AUGGCUUUUGUACAUCAUGAUGCAGCUAUUGAACCAUUUAAUAAUACCGAUUGCCAAACAACUUUGAAAAAUGGUACAAAAUGUGAACAACAACACUGUCGACACUUUGUCGCUUGUGAAUUCGGCGAUGAUGAAAAAUCCUCCAAGCAACGUUAUUGUCCAGAUUGUCGAUAUUUGUUAUAUGUUUCGUUGCGUUGCAAGACCGAAGAAAUGAAAAAUGAAAAAAAAGAAAAAGCCAAGCAAACAGGUAAAGAUUAUUUUGUAGCCACGGGUUUCGCAGACGGUGAUCUAUGGCAAUAUGAACAUGUAAACAGUGGAAAAGUAUUUUGGAAACGUGUCAGCCCUGAUACUGAAGAAAUUAUUCAAGCGUGCGGUGAUCAAUGGCUAAAUGAAGAAAAGAAAAAAAUGGCGGAUGAAGAAAAAAGCGUCAAAAAUACUCACCAAACAAAACUUGAACAAUUUUUUAAAUAA